AUGGCUGCCCGCCGUCCGGUCACUUCUCGUGCGCGAGUAAACAACAAUCUCAACCCCAUGCCGCCACCGCAACAGCUGCAACGCCCAAAGUCUGUCAUGUCCCGGCCGCCUUCUGCCUCUUCGCAGAGGGUUUCUUCUGAUAUUCAGGAAUCGUCCGGAACCUCAUCUAAACGCCAGGGAGACGAUGGAGACACUAAUAUUCAAGUAAUUUUGCGUUGUCGUGCCCGUUCUCAGCGAGAAAUCGACGAAGAACAAACGGUCAUUGUCGAUAUUGACGGAGAGAAGGCCAAAGAACUAAUUAUACAGACUGCCAAAUCCAACUCCAGUCUAGGAAUGCAUACUCGAGCGCCUACACGGACUUAUACAUAUGAUAUUGUUUUUGGUCCAGAAGCUACUCAAAGCAUGGUUUUUCACGACGUUGUUGCACCUAUGGUGAAGGAGGUUACAGAGGGAUACAACUGUACUGUGUUUGCAUACGGGCAAACGGGAACAGGAAAAACGUAUACCAUGCAGGGAGAAUUGGCGCCAUCUCCUGUAGGUGGGCCCGCUGUUAGUGCGGGAAUCAUACCGCGCGUCCUGUUUCGUCUGUUUCAUGAGCUUGAAAAAGCGCAUACGGACUUCAUCGUCAAGAUCUCCUAUAUUGAACUUUAUAAUGAAGAACUACGUGACCUGCUUGCCGCUGAACUUUCAGCCCCAUCUACUCUCACUCAACCAAUGGGGAAGGACGCCAAAGGGGGCGAACAAAAGCUUAAUAUCUUUGACGAUGUCAACAAACGCGGUGUUAUCAUCCAAGGCUUGGAAGAAAUCCCGGUGAAAGACUCGAAGCAGGCACUGGCUCUACUUACCAAAGGCAGUGAACGGAGGCAGAUCGCUGCUACGAAUUUUAACGAACACUCUAGUCGCUCUCACUCGAUUUUCUCCAUCACUGUUCAAAUUAAAGAACCCUCAGCUGCUGGGGAUGAUUUAAUCAAAAUUGGAAAGCUUAACUUGGUGGAUCUGGCUGGUUCUGAAAACAUUGGACGUUCCGGCGCCGAAAAUAAGAGAGCAAGAGAAGCUGGUAUGAUCAAUCAAAGUUUGCUCACCCUUGGUCGAGUGAUAAAUGCGCUGGUGGAUAAAUCCCAGCACGUCCCUUAUCGAGAGUCCAAAUUAACUCGACUUCUUCAAGACUCCCUCGGAGGGCGUACGAAGACAUGUAUCAUUGCCACGAUAUCACCAUCUAGUCUCAACUACGAGGAAACCAUCUCUACCCUGGAUUAUGCUCUUCGCGCCAAAUCUAUACGAAAUAAGCCCGAGGUCAACCAACGUAUGACGCGCAACUCGCUUCUCAAGGAUUAUAUCAUUGAGAUCGAACAGCUUAAAGCUGACCUUCUUGCUGCUCGCGAGAAGAACGGUAUAUAUUUCUCUGAGGAGACCUGGAAACAGCGCGUGGCGGAAAGCGAACUACGCGAAACAGAACUGAUCGAAGCGAAGAAGCAGGUCACGAUCAUUGAGAACCAGAUGCGAGCCGUUCGCGAUGAAUACGAUCAAAGCAUAGCUUUGCUCAAGCGCCGGGAGGAAGAGUUAGAAGAGACGAGAGGAGUGCUCAAACAAACAGAGAACAAUCUACGCCAACGCGAGGUGGAGCUUGCUCAUAUGACUGAACAAUAUGAGAAGGAGGUUGUUGUUCGUAAAGCCCAUCAGCAGACUGAGGCUUCUAUCAACGGUGUUGCAUUGGGGCUCAAAAAGGUCACUGAAGAAAGUCUGCGUGAUCUUGGAGGCGCCUUUGAGAAACUGGAUCGCAAAAACAAUGUUUUUGCGUCAAAUAGACGUAUUGUCUCGGAGAACGAAGAGCUUAUCCGCGCAUACGCAGAUGCACUUAUGAAAAAAUUGACUGAGCUUGACCAGCUUAUGAAGUCGUUAAGGGGGAACGUCGAAGAAGAAAAUACAAUGCAUCUCUCUUCCCAGCAACAGGCAAUAAUUGCACAAGUGGAAAAGGUUAAUGUCCACUUUGAAGGCGCCCAAGAUCUAUUUCAACAGAUCGAGAAGUAUGAAGGUGCCGGUGAACGCAUUCUAUCCAACUUUAAAGACCAACUAAACAAGGCAUAUUCGUCCUUCACCUCGGAGGUGUCUUCCUGGUCCGAGAAGGCGACUACAGAGUGCACACAGUAUUCAAACAAUGCCAUGGAGAUCGGCAUCGGACAACUUGACAUAUUGGAGGAAUCCAUAUCCAUUCUGACAUCGCUCUUGAACCGAAUAUCUCGCGACGUGCAAAUCUAUCUUCAUGACGAACGUGCCUCCCUGACAGAGUUGCGAAAACUAGCGGAAACAUCUACCGCCCAGGAGCUGCAAUAUCUCCAACGCCAGAAUGAAAUAUUGGCAGAAAUGUUGAUUAAUGAGCGAAAAGCAGCGGAUAAGGCCAAGAAUGAUCUACUUCAGCGCGUUUCGGGGCUUUUGGGUGACUUCUUGCAACAACGCGACGAGUCGCUGAGGGAAUCCGUCGGCAGCUUGCAGCGCAGUAAUGCGGAGGUCACAGCACUUCUGAAAGCGACCUGUGAACGUCAAUCCGAUCUGUACAAUAACCUAUCAACUACAAAUGGGGAGUUGCAAAGCCAGAUGGGGCAGGCAAACGAAGAAGGCAAUGAAGAGAAAGAGAAGACAAUUCAGAAUACUGCCACGGCAAAAGCAAAAAUUGGUACAUCACUAAAGGAAGUUGAAACUGCGAUGACCAGCUCAAUAACUUCCCAUUCCACGUGGGCAAACCGUCAGAUACGUUCUAUGGGCAAAUCUUUGAAUAGUGCUUUCGAAGAAUACAAUAGAGCAAAACGCGCAAGAGUCGAGGCAAUAGAUGGAAUGCACGCAAAUAUUGAAAGUCAUCAUUCUGUUCAACACAAUUUCCUCGUGUCGAUUUCCAAUGAAAUGGAAAGACAUGGUAGCCAAGUUAAUUCUUCUGUCAAAGAACAGAGUGCAAUUAUGAAGGAAUACCAAGUUGCCGCUAGCAAGAAUUUGGAAUCUGUUGAGCGCGCCAGAGCUACCAUCGCCAACAUGGGCAACAAAGACGACAUUCCUACCGGUAGUACUCCACGCAAGAGGAAAUGGCAGUAUGUUGACGAAUGGGCUCUAACCCAAAGCCGAGAGGAACUGCUGAAAAACUGGAAGCAAGACCCUGUGGCCGAUGACGAAAGUAGCGAACAAGAGGACAGACCGGAAUCCUCCAGUAGCCAUCGUACUUCAGAUGCCGCAAUACGCAGAACUCAUAUCCGAACGGACUCAGUUCAAUCAGAGAAUGUCGCCCUGCCUAUUCUAGAGGUGCAAGAGGGACGAAAGUUUGAGACUGUCAAAAAAGCUGACUCUCCCGCUGAACCGUUGGUUGAAUCCAGAAAACGCAAUGUGUUUCCUGUUGAUCAUCCUUUCCUGCGCUCUGUGGCAGAACUGGCUUCCGUUACUCGUUGGUUCGUCGUCGCCAAACUGUUUCCUUAUCUAUCUGAAUACAAAAUAAAACCAAUAGCGUUGACCUUUGUAUUGGCACCUCUUCCAAAUGCUCUCUUCUCACACUGCGGUUCGGAUGAACUCUCUUCGAGUUACGAAAGUUCAGCACCAGCGGUGGACCUUGGACGUUUCAUUACAUCUAUAUUCGUUGUGACAGGAUUUGCCUUGCCGAUUGUGCUUGCACAUUCCAACGUUAUCGACCCGAAAGCUUGUGCCAUGUCUAUUACAGGAGGAGGGCUUGUGUAUGCUACAAUUAUUGCAUACUCAGCGGCUUUCCGUCAGGAAGACUCCGAUUAUGAUUAA